CUGGCUUCAUCACAGCCCUGGUCAUGACUGGAAGGGAUACAGCUUUUGUCAAAUUAACGUUAAAAAUAUACAUUUGUUAAUUUUCUCUAACCUUUACUCUUUUCCAAAACUAAACCUAAUUAUCUUAACCUGCUACGAAAAGUCGUUAUCUGACAAAAGCUGUGUCCAGCUAGUCAAAAACCCUCCGCUUCCCUCCCACUUGUGUUGGUCCGUGAGGAAGUCGCAAGAUGGCUGACAGCGCUCGGAAGUAUGCUCCCUUCCUCCACAUGAAGUCGUGAGUUUGGAAGUAUGCUCCCUUCCUCCACAUGAAGUCGUGAGUUUGGAAGUAAGCGAGGGAGGCACUAUCAGGCGUUUGUUUUUAAGUUAUUGUAUUUCUCCAAACAGUCCAUUUCAUUCCUGGGGACCCAGUUAGCUAAAAGCUCAUGUAGAUGGCUAACGGUAUCAACAUAUACAUUUCCUAGUACAUUACAUUAGCUAGCAUUUGCAAAUUGAACUAGUUUAACAUACAUAUUUGCACCGUCAGGUUAAGUAUUCCGCUGUAGUCAUGUUCACUAACUAGAUCAUUCGCAGAGUGUUUCUUCGUGUGAACCAGGAUUAUAACUUUGGAGUUGGAAGCAUCGCCGAAAUCAUAACUACAGAUGGCCAGUCAGCUGCCAGUCACAUUUUCGUGUGUUAUCUAGUUAAAGACUAGUUAACGAGAAACUUCAGUUGUUUUGCUGGCCGUUUACCACAAUACUACCAGGGAUGGAUACACACGACCAAAUGUAGCAACGUUAGCCAGGUUGCUAACCAGCUAGGCAGGGUUGGGGGGGGGCAACUAGCUACCGGCGACAACAGCCGUGUAGUCAGUCAGUUACUGUCAAGAGAGACGAGUUAGUCAGCCGCCCGUUUCCACCUAGCUACCGGAUCGACACCACCCGAGCCUUCCCCCGGACAGACCCACCGGCUCAACAACACCGGGAUGGGCGUGCAGGGCUUCCAGGAGUAUCUGGAGAAACGGUGUCCCGGGGCUGCCAUCCCCGUGGACCUCCUCAAACUAGGCCGUACUGCGGGACGCCAGCACCAUCACCCCGGCCCUCUGCCCCUUCCACCACCGGCCCGGAUACUCAUCGAUGCUGACUCCGGUCUGCAGCGUCUGUACGGCGGCUACCAGACGGACUGGGUGUGCGGCGGGGAGUGGAACGCCAUGCUGGGAUACCUGUCCGCUCUGUCCCAGGCCUGUCUGUACCAGGGCGGGCUGGAGCUGGUCGUGGUGUUCAACGGGACCCUGGGGAAGGAGCGGUGGCCGGAGUGGGCACGCCGGGCCCAGGGACAACGCCAGACGGCCCAGCUCAUCGUUAACCACGUCGGCAGUAAGGCCACUCCGCCUCCCCGCGCCUGGUUCCUGCCCCCUGCCUGCCUCAGUCACUGUGUCCGCCUCGCCAUGUUCCGCUUCAGAGUGCGGGUUGUCCAGACGUUGGAGGACCACCACCAGGAGGUGCUGUCCCUCUACAGGGACUUUGGUUUCUGCGGCCUGAUCGCCCAGGACUCAGAGUUUGCUCUCUGCAACGUGCCCGCCUACUUUUCCUCGCAUGCCCUCAAACUGUCCUGGAACGGCAAGAACCUGACCACCCACCAAUACCUGCUAUCUGAAGCAGCCAGACAGCUGGGUCUGAAGACACAACAACUGCCCUGCUUCGCUGCUCUGCUGGGGAACCAUAUUCUCCCUGAUGAGGACCUGGCUGCCUUCCACUGGAGCCUUUUAGGACCAGAACACCCCCUGGCCUCACUCAAGGUGCGUGCCCACCAGUUGGUGCUGCCUCCCUGUGAGGUGGUUAUCAAGGCGGUGUCUGAGUACGUCUCCUCCAUUAAAGACCUGGGGAACCUCGACGCUGUUGCCAGGGACGUCUUCAACCAAUCCCAGUCUCGUAUGGAGGAUAAGGUGGAGCGUUUUAAGAAGGCUGUGGAGUAUUUCUCAUCUGCCUCUAAACCACGCCCACUCUCCAUGGGACCCUCCCCCUACCUUUGGUUUGGUCCGGCUCCCUUUGGCAGUCCUCCUGGCCACAUGGGGGCAAUGCAGCCUGGAAUGAACCAGGGGGUAAAACCACCCUAUCGGAAUGCUCCGUGUGGACCAGGCCACCCCUCUCUGUUCCAGAACCUGCCCCCCCUGCCGGGCUGCAAUGAUUCGCUGUCUGGGACAAUGGGCUACAUGGAUUGGUCGGCUCCAUAUGACCAGGGAGGAAGUAGAUUAACAAAUCACCACACGUCUGCUCCCUCUGGCCCCUCCCACUCGCCAUCGUCUUCUUCCGAUGGAGACGAACCAAACGACAGCAGCCACCAUCUGACAGACAAGUCCUCCGGGUGGGACGAUCCGUCCGGUCGGGGGAGUGGAGGGGAUGGUUCCCACGGUAACGGGAGCGGGUCCAACAUUCCAUCGCUGUUGUCAAUGGCGACGCGGAGUCACAUGGACAUAACCACGCCCCCUCUGCCUCAAGUCAGCGCUGAGGUGUUGAGAGUAGCAGAACACAGACAUCGCAGAGGACUAAUGUAUCCAGAGAUAUACCACAUACUGACCAAGGGAGAGAUGAAGAUGGCGGUGUGUAUAGAAGAUGAUUGUAACAGUGAACUGCCUCCAGCCUCUCUGCUGUUCAGAGCAGCCAGACAGUACAGCUAUGGGGUCCUCUUCAGCCUAGCCGAAACACACCGACGCCUCGAGAGACUCGCCAUGCGCAACAGAGGACCCCUCGAAGUUCCUCCAGUGAUAGUGAAGGAGUGGUCCAGUGGGAAGUCGAAGUCGGCCCUGACCCCGGAGCUGGUUCCAGCGCUGUGCUUCAGAGAGUGGACCUGUCCUAACCUGCGGAGGCUGUGGCUUGGUAGAGCCAGUGAAGAUCGCUCCCGGAGGACCAGAGCUUUCCUAGCCUGUCUGCGCUCUGACUGUCCUGCCUUACUCAACCCUGCUCAGGUCCCACAACACCUUCUGCUCAUGUGCUGCGUGCUCAGGUAUAUGAUGCAGUGGCCAGGUGGUGGUAUUCUACAGAGACAUGAGUUAGAUGCCUUCCUGGCCCAGGCAGUCUCUAACCAGCUCUACGAACCAGACCAGCUACAGGAACUGAAGGUAGAGAAGGUAGACAGUCGGGGGGUCCAGCUGGCGUCUCUCUUCAUGGCGGGCGUGGACACUGCUCUGUUGGUCAAUGACGUGUGUGGUCAGCCGUUACCAUGGGAACACUGCUGCCCCUGGGGCUUCUUCGACGGGAAACUCUUCCAGACCAAACUGGCCCGCGCCGGCCGAGACCGACUGGCCCUGUUCGACAUGUGUGAAGGACAGGAGGAGCUGGUAUCUCGUGUGGAGAAGAUGCGUCAGGCCAUUCUAGAUGGCAUCAACUUCACUCGUCCUCCUCCCCCUCUCCCCCCUCCUUCCUUCCUCCGCCCUCCCCCCUUCUACCCCCUCUACCCCCCCCGGCCCAUGGGUAACAUGCCCCCCCACUACCACCCUCAUCAUCCUCACCACCACCCAAAUGAUCCUCACCACCACCCUCAUCAUCCUCACCACCACCCAGCCCAGCAUCGACCCAGAGGCUUCCCAGGUCUGCAGUCGAUCCCCCCUCAGGGAGGGAAGUUGGAGAUAGCCGGCAUGGUGGUGGGCCAGUGGGCCGGGAACAAACCACUGCGUGGCAGAGGGGGGCUCCACAUGCAGGUGGUGUCGGUCGGAGCAGGGAGAGGAAGGGGUAAGGACAUCCCAGCGAAAGCAGGACGAGGAGUUAAGACACAUUCCCCCUCCUCCACCAGCCCCACCAAGCCUGAGGAGGAGGAGGAGCCUAACUCGGGGGCCGUGACCCAGCAGCUGAAUGGCAGCCUUUCAGCCUCCGGUAUUGGCCAGCCUCUGGAUCUGCCCCCACUGGCCCAUCCAAUCCCGUGUGCCUUAGCAAGCAGAGACAACCAAACAGAGGAGGCCCCCUGUUGCCUUGACGACUGUCCUUCAGACGGAACACUAACGAAGGAGGCGUGAUGAGGCUUUCCCAGAAUGCACCAGGGUGUUCUGAAAAAGCUGUCUGUGUUUCACUGCCCCUUGAUUUUGUCAUGUAGUUUUAUUUUAUCUUAACGAUCAGAGGUUUUUCUCCAUGAGUCCAUAUGUAUGUAAGCCCCUGCCUACCUAAAGCACCGCCCCCAUGGCCUGUCGCUAUAGUAACCCCAGCCCACUGUCUCAUGAUGUUCUGAUGGUCCCUCCCUACUGUUAAUAUUCCUACCGGGAUCCUUGCGGUUAGACUUGAACUACGGUGUUUUGUAGUAGUGCGUUUAGAUACACUAACGUCGACACUACCACACACUGUUGGCUUGGUGCCUGGGUUUGGUUGCCGGGUGUGUUGGUUGUUGCCAUAGGGACCUCAUGGUGAGCUCAGAGUUCCAGGAGUGUUGGACUCUAGAAGUGUCAGAGGAGGAAUAGCGAAAGAGGAGGAUGACGAAUGAAUGAGUGUUUGUGUGCUAAAUAAGCCCGGUUUACCACCAAUAAUGAUUUAUUAGUGUUAGCCACACUACUAACCACCCAGAGCGCGUGUUUACAUUGCUCUAACCCUUCAGUAGCAUUUGCACCGCCGCACCGCUAAUGCAUUAGCAUGCUAACGUAGCCCACACCUUGAAUAACAUGAGCACUUGCCCUAAUAUGUUAUCAUGCUCAGUUAGCCUAGCCCAGCUAAGUGAGCCUAGACCCCCUGACCACAGAUGUAAUGUAUGUACGCACCUUAACCUGACGCUCCAACGUAUGGAAGCUCUUACCCCUAUAUUAGAUUAUAUCCCCUAUGCUCUGAUUGUAUAUCCCAACAGAGAGCACUUACUAAUGUUGGAUUCAUUGAUUUAAUAUUGAUUAUUAUUGACCAAACCCCUAGACAGUUUGUCUGAGAGAGUUCCCUUGCGACCUAGGAAAUCUCUUUGAUCAUUGACCUCAAGGUCUAUUUUAACAUGGCCUUUGUGUUGUGCAAACGAGACCUGUUUGAAUGUGAUCAGAGUAGGGCUGCACAAUUCAUCCAAACCGCAAUAUUUACAUGUGCAAUAUCCAUAUGGCAAUAUUUUGCAACCCCACGCAGCCGUGUGUACGGUCCGUUAUUAUAGUUGACUCUGUCGUCCCUCUCCUCUUGCGGCUGCUUCCUACAACUCAAGCAGCACAGUUCCUCUUCUGUUAGAUUCACUAGAAGCUUCCAUGCUGUUCUGUUAGGUCAAAUGCAGUCAACACAUUGUUCCAAACCAGAAUGAUGCUGCUUUCCACUUAGCUUCUUAAUAUAAAUCAUUAUAUUUCUCUGAUUCCAACUGUGUUUUGAUCGAUCACAGGUCAAAUUGUAAUAUGUGUUCAAAGUAAAUAAAAUGCGCCAAUAUGGUGCAGCCCUAGAACGGCGUGGUCUUCAGAAGAAGCACAUUUAGUUUUAAAAGGAAUCCUCUAGCAGGUCAAAACCUUCACGCGAUCAGAGAUAGAGGACAUCUUUGUAUCUGUACCGUUAUUGCAUCUAUGACAGUAUGGGCAGCUCUAUUGAGCCUAGCUUCAUUUUAAAGUAGUCUAUUUUCUUCACAGUUAGCUAAUCCCUCCCAGUUUGACAUGACUUCAACAGGGUCACCAGGAGGGAUCAGCCAAUGAAGUUGGGAGGCCCACACAGUUGACUACAUUAAAAUGGUGGAAGCGCUCAAUGGCGCUGCCCAGGCUAAUACGGCCUGUUGGCCAGUAGAGGCCUCUAUCAUUCUCUAUGGGCCAAGUAUGGUGCCACGUCAGAGGACGGGAUGGUCAGGGCUUAAAGGUCAGAGUGCUGACGCUGCCAAGCUCCUCUUCUGACUGGCACCUUGUCUAAAUGAACCCAAGGCUGCAUCUGAAAUGGCAUUCCCUGCGUAGUGCAUCAGAAGCAGUGCAUUAUGGGGGGUAGGUUGCCUUUAGAGACAAGACCUGAUGAGGUCCCAAAGCAUAGACCCACACUCGCCUUGUCAGCUGGCUGGCCAAUCAGGACAGGCCUGGUAGCACCGCCUGGUGAUUGGUUAGCAGUUUCCACGGCGAUAGCCCAGCAUUCUAAGCUCUUUAUCUAACAGGAAGCACUUCCCCCAAACCACUUAGCCAAUCAGCAGGGUUUAAGGUGAGAACACUUGCAUGUUCCGCCCAAUCUAAAGAUCCUAAAUAGUUUUAAUGUUAAACUCUUUAUGUUGUCAUCAUUAUAGUAGAGGAUAAAAUAUCAUUUUAAUAGGUCUGCUCUGAGUAUUGACUUGUUUUAAUGUUAGUAGAAGACUACAGAGAGAUAGCAGAGAGAGAUAGCAGGGACUAACCUCUACAGGACUGUCAGACAAUAGUAACCGUGUUGGGCUAAGUUCUACAGGACUGUCAGACAAUAGUAGUUGACACAAACAGAAAAGGUCUGGCUGCUAAGUAAUCCAAUUGCAGGCCAAACUACCGUAGUAGAAUGGAAAUAACCCCUGCAGAGCGCACAGUUGCCAGAACAACCGUAACAUCUGAAUAGAGACAGCACUUCAACCCACAUGGGUUUGGAUUUCUGUGGCUCAUGACUGUGUUGUGGGACUGUUUACAAGCAAAUAGAGAGUUUCGGUAUUAAUUCCACGUCAAGUCUUUUAGGGAUAUCUAGCAGACAGAGUUGAACCUGGAUGGAGAAGAGCCCCACUGGUCAUAUAAUACCCAGCAUGACUAGACGACUACGACUCAUACAUACAUAUACAGUGUAAUACUUUAACCUUUAACCUUUCAUUACUGUAGUACAAUAAAACGGACCACUGCAGGUCAUGAGUAUAGCUCUUCAGCCAGGAGGAGUGGUGAGCCUAUGUCACUCCACUAUCUGACAAAAUUACACACGACCCUGUCGACUCGUUCCUAACGAUACUUACUCAUAUAUACACACAGUAGUUGUUAACAGCCCUCCGUGUGUUUGUGCAGAAGUGAUGUAAUGUUGCUGUUCCUCGUUUCUGUCUGUGGGUGAAGCAGAGAGACUUGGUAACACCUACUGUUGUCCCGAGCUGCAGUCUGACACACAGCCCUCUCCACUCGUAACAAUACUUUCACGCGCACAUUGUCAUACUCUGAGUUAGACACUAGCUUGAUAACGUAAAUAACAUGAUGUCCCAUUGUUAUCCAUGUCUGAUUUAGCUUGAUUAGAUUUUAUUGAUCAGUGAUUUGAAUGCUUAUCUCAAUAUCGCUCUGUACACCAACAUGCCCUCUUCUCUCUUCAACCCAUCUCUCUCUCUCUUCAACCUAUCUCUCUCUCUUUUCCCAUCUCUCUCUCUCCUCCCAUCUCUCUCUCUCUCCUCCCAUCUCUCUCUCUCUCCUCCCAUCUCUCUCUCUCUCCUCCCAUCUCUCUCUCUUCUCCCAUCUCUCUCUCUCUCCUCCCAUCUCUCUCUCUCUCCUCCCAUCUCUCUCUCUCCUCCCAUCUCUCUCUCUCCUCCCAUCUCUCUCUCUCUCCUCCCAUCUGUUCUCUCCCCCCAUUUGGUAGUUCUGCUUAAAGCAGCACGUGAAGUAAACACAUUGAUACACACUUUCACCAACACACACAAAUGAAGAGUACCCUACACACACAGUACAUAUCUCCAACCACACAGUACCAAUAUACACAGUACAUAUCUCCAACCACACAGUAUCAAUAUACACAGUACAUAUCUCCAACCACACAGUACAUAUCUCCAACCACACAGUACCAAUAUACACAGUACAUAUCUCCAACCACACAGUACCAAUAUACACAGUACAUAUCUCCAACCACACAGUACCAAUAUACACCGUACAUAUCUCCAACCACACAGUACCAAUAUACACAGUACCAAUAUACACAGUACAUAUCUCCAACCACACAGUACCAAUAUACACAGUACCAAUAUACACAGUACAUAUCUCCAACCACACAGUACCAAUAUACACAGUACCAAUAUACACAGUACAUAUCUCCAACCACACAGUACCAAUAUACACAGUACAUAUCUCCAACCACACAGUACCAAUAUACACAGUACAUAUCUCCAACCACACAGUACCAAUAUACACAUUAAAUAUCUCUUGCUCAUGUCUCUGUGCUCUCUGUUCCCUCUAGGAACGUUUCUAUUGGCUGUUUUCUGACCCCGCCCCUAACCACCCCCACUAAUAUUCUAUAUUGUGAUUAACUUUUCUUAGUGAUUAUCAGUUUCUCUGUAAACUAGCCAGAAUCUGAAAGGAAAAAAGUAAACAACAAAAAGAAAUUGAACUGUUUUAUUCAAUUGUACUUUAAACUGUGUUUUUUUCUUACUCUUUUGAAUGUCUCUUCUAACCCUUCUAUCAAAGCGUUCGUUUUGAGAGGCUUUAGCCAACCAUAGAGAUGUAAACUGAAACCAUUCAAUAUAUGAUCCUUCUCCGUAUUUGAUAUUAUGCCAUCGAUCGUCUUAAAGACCACUUCGCCGUUGUUACUAAGUUAAGUAUCGCACGUCAAAACAUUUUAAAAUAAUCAUCGUCUCUGCACUACGUUGGUAUAUUCUGUUUAUCGUCCCUUAUAAAGAUUUUAUGGUCAAUUCGUCAAGUGAAGCUGAACUUUGCACAGAGUUAGAAGUCUCACAUUACCACCCUGAGAACCAAAGUUCACCCCCGUUUUCCUGCCAUGAUGGUAUGCCCCAAACCAAUGACCUAUCAAGAGAUUCUAUGAUGACAUCACAGCACGUGUGAUUGGUUUACCCCUAUAGAGUGGAGUUUUGUGAUGAGUAGAACAGAACUGUGUUGGAUGCUGUAGGACUGUUAUGUGUCAGUACAUGGAUGGAUGAAUAGCUACGCCCACUGACUUGUCCAGACCAGAUGAGCCUGCAGGGAAAAGAGACAAUGAGACAUUCCAAAUGGCACCCUGUUCCCUAUAAUAGUGCACUACUUUAUACCAUGUGGGGCAGGAAGUUUUCAGUCAUGUUUCAUUUCUGAGACUCUUAUGGUCCUCGUCACGAGUAGUGUUCUAGAAAGGGAACAGGAUGUCGUUUGGGAUGCUGCCAGGGAGAUGGCCAGUCAAUUCAGGUCACAUGGCCAGGUCACAUGUUUAUUUUAUGACAUCAUCCAGGUGUCAGUCUAAAUCUCUGUACUACUACAUCACCUUCUGAACCAACUAACAUGUAUACUACAGUACAUCAUGUAAACUAGCAGUAAUGUGAGUACAUCAUGUACUGUAAGCCACGCCCCCCUAAACAACAACAUCCGUAAAGGAUUCCUCUUCAUUAUUAUGAUUAUUGCUGUUAUGAUUAUUAUUGGUAUAAUUUGUCAUUGUUUGCUAAAUGGAAACACCAGAAUGUUGUUGUGGAGAGGGCUUUUAUAUUCUUAUGGCUGUGGAGGAAGUGAUGUCAGAGGACAGGAACAGGAAGGAAGGAAAGGCGUGAUGAUGUAAAGAUGGUCAUGUUUGUUGGGAAAUUACAUCCAGUGCUGAAAUAAAAUGUAUUCUUAUAGGAAAAAAAUGAA